AUGUCUAACCAAACCAUCCUCAGAAUCUCAAGAGAAAUCACCCAAAUUCAACAGGGUAGUGAUCUGUCGAUAGCUGUUGCUUGCCAGGAGAGAGAUGUUCGAACAGUCCAUGCCCUCAUAGUCGGUCCUCCAGGUACACCUUACCAGUAUGGUUUCUUUGAAUUCACAGUCGAUUUCACACCCGAGUAUCCAAGCAAGCCUCCCAAAGUCAAUGCGAAGACCACAAAUGGUGGCAGAACACGAUUCAAUCCCAAUAUUUAUGCCGGUGGAAAAGUCUGUUUGUCUCUGCUGGGCACCUGGCACGGCGAGAAGCCGGGAGAAGAGUGGUCAUCUGCACACGGAUUGGAGUCGAUCCUUUGGUCCAUACAAAGCCUCUUAUCCAACAACCCGUACGAAAAUGAGCCAGGCUACGAGCAUGCCAAAGGUAAGGAGGACCAGAGAAUGAAUGAUCUGUAUUGUGCAAAGAUCCGGCACGAAACCCUUCGCAUCGCGGUGAUUGCCAAAUUGGAGGACGCUUUGAAUAUUCAACCAGACGGCAGCGUGCUCGACAAAUACAACACCAACACCGAAGACCGACCCACCGCCGACGAUGCGACCGACGAAGCGACCGACGAUGACGAGUCGGUGCGGGCAAUAGUGACUCCACGAUUCGAGCCGUACAAAGAUUUGUACAAGCGGCGCUUCAUGUGGUAUUUCGAACACUACAUGGCCACGGUCGUCAAGCAUGGUCCUGAACACAAAGAUGGUUCGGACUUCUCCAAGAUGCCUUUCGAGGGAGGCGGCAACACAAUGGAUGGAAAGUUCAACUAUCCGGCUCUAGGCAAGAGAUUGCUACGCAUACAAGAAGUGAUUACAGACGAAACCAAGCAGUGGGCUAUUGACGGCAUGGCACUCAAACGUCGAGAGUCUCACAAAGCUGGUACUAUCCAACGUCAAUUCGAACAGGUGUCGGAUUAUCUGACGAGAAAGGACUGCCACAACGUCAGCGUUGAAAUGGAGAAUAACAAUCCCUAUGUCUGGGUCCUCACGUACUUCGGCAAACCGGGCACAGAUCUUGAUGGUGGAAUCUUCAAAAUCCGAAUGGCUAUUAGUCCGCGGUUUCCUGAAGAACAACCACGUGCCAGAUGCGAGACACCCAUCUAUCACCACAGAGUGUCCAAACAUGGCACAGUGUGCUAUUUCCCGAAGAUAAUUGAUGAUUUGAGGAACCACGUCUACGCAAUCAUAGAGUCCCUGGAAGAAGAGAGUCCUCCCUAUGAUCCUCGAACCAUUGUUCAUCCGGAGGCUGCAGCACUGCUGUUCGGUACCGAAGACGAGAAGAAAACCUACUUCCGACAGCUUAGAAGAUCGGCUCAGCGCACAACCGAAGAGGGUGGCUAA